UACUGCUGCACAAACGGAAGUUGAGGUGACGCAACUUCCAAACCUAUAGUAGCUUAUGGUACUCGACUUCUUAAUUUCGUACAUGCUCGUCUAUUUAAUCUUUGAACAGACCUGGCCCUGACGAACCAACCGGUGCCCAUUUUCUCGUGGUGGUCUGUGAUGUAUGAAUGGAUAGUUGACAGCAUAUCGUCGUUUUUCGGACCUCAUAUUGAGCAAAGGUGUACGAGUUGGCCUAGGAACAACCUACAGCUGCCAACAGCAGGGGCUCUUAACAGGCAGGUACAGGAGAACCUCAGCAGACCCACUAAACGGAAUUACCAGAGUGUCCAUUCACCCGAUGACAGAGCUGAACACUUGGAAGUUAAAAGACCCAAAAGAGAUGUAGUGGUCAACGUUGUCCGGAAAACAGUGGCAGGAGUUGCUGGACUGCUUCGUAUGCGGAACCCAUUUGCAGACGCUCGUUCUGAGAGAAAAAAGGCUUGUGUUCCUAAUGAGGUCUGUCAGGAGGAGGUGGGAGUCGAUGAGAUCUCAAACAACCAUUUUAACUCCAUGAUCAGUAAUAUGGAUGUAAAGAGGGAAAAACCGAUGGACAGGGCUUUGCUGCAUUUUCAUCAAAGCCCUCAGCCUUCAACCAGGAAGCACAAUGGAACAAUGCUGUACCCAGGAAAUUCUGAGAAGGUCAAAGCCAGGCACCACCGGCAGUCCCUUCAGCUCCUCCCCCCACGGCCUGAUCUGGGUGGCCAAGUGACGUCCGACCCAGAACCCCCUCUCAUGGCCCUGACGCCACAGAGUUAUAAACCCCAGCUAGCGGUGGAGGAGGCUUUGAAAGAGAGAGACCGGGAGCACUACAGGCUCCUGGUGGAGAUGGUCUCGGAGAAGUACACCAACAACAGACCCCUGCCUUGUGGACGCGUGAAACCAUUCAUAACACCUCUCCCUUUGGACAUGCACAAAUCGGCCAUCUUCAGCAGGACCUGUAACACAAGCACGCCUAAGCCUGGACCAAUGAAAGCAAACUUGGGUGCAUCAGUUUGGAGAGACAACUCCUUGACAAGGCAAACUAAAGAAAGAUGGCGCGAUUGUCUUGUUAGGUGCAAAAGUUCAGAAUAUGGCAAAGUGGACAGCAAGCCAGCUAUGAAAGAAAAAACCGAAGAUGUGCUUGUCAGGCACAGAGAAGAGCUGCCAGGCACUACAUCAUUGCAUGUGACUGCGCAAAUGCAUACGCCUGCAGUACAACAGACUGCGGACCUGGACCUGUCUUCUGAAAUUGCAGCCCGUUUGAAUCUGGAGGACCAUGGGCUGGUGGUCCCCUCCCAAUUUGCGGUGCACCCCAGGAAGCCAGCAGCCGACAGUGGUCUUCGGCAGGAGUUCCCUGUGCUGACAAAGGAGAUGCUGCAGGAGGUGAGUCAGGCGCUGAGUCAGAAGGAUCCAAACCUGGUUCUGAGCAGCGCCUUUAAGCUGAGGAUCACCCAGAGAGACCUGGCCACACUGCGGGACGGCAGCUGGCUGAACGAUGAGGUGAUCAAUUUUUACCUGAACUUGGUGAUGUCUCGCAGUGAGCAAGGUGGGGGCCGGAAGGUGUACGCCUUCAGCACCUUUUUCUUCCCCAAGCUGCGUGGGGGGGGUCACACAGCCGUGCGGCGAUGGACCAAGGCUGUGGACCUCUUCCUCUAUGACAUCAUCCUGGUGCCGCUGCACCUUGGAGUCCACUGGUCUCUUGCAGUGAUUGACCUCAAAGCAAAGUCUGUGAAGUAUUAUGACUCUAUGGGCCAAAGACACGAUGACAUCUGCAGCCUUUUGCUGCUUUACCUGAAGGAUGAAUACAAGGCCAAGAAGAGCAAAGAUUUGGAUGCGUCCAAGUGGAUCGUAUCCAGCUUAAAGUCCAAUGAGAUUCCUCAACAGAACAACGGCAGUGACUGUGGCGUCUUUGCCUGUAAAUACGCUGACUACAUUGCACGCGGGCAGCCCCUUACUUUCAAACAGUCCCACAUGCCGUACUUUCGGAACAGAAUGAUCUGGGAGAUCCUAAACCAGCAGCUGUUGUAGGAAACCGGGUGUCUCCCCCCCCCAGGCAGUAAGCAGUCCAAGCAACAAUGACGGUCGUGACCAAAACACAGAACCACCAAGACGAUGCGUGCUGCGUUGUCCUCAAUCGCACAACUUUUUUUCUUUUUUUUCUAUUCCUCUGCACGUGGAAAAUGAUAAGCUAUUGUUAAUUUAUUUAAAACUCUAUUUGUGAAAGCUGCAAUUUUCCUGAAAUGUUUAGUUUUUGUUGAAAACAUUCAAUCUUCAUUGGAGUUGUCAGAGAGGGUCAUUUUACUGGAAAUAUGAUGCAGGUAUACUUAAUGUCAGCUUUGGCUUUAUGCACUACAUUUUUAAGGUAGUAUGGGAAGGCUUGGUAGUGUUUGAACAUGUACCCCAAGACUAGUCGAUAGAUAAGUGCAUUAAUUUGUAUGUUAAAAGUAUUUGAAGCGAGGAAAUAAAACAAAGCAAUAGAAUAACAAAUGUAUGACCUUGUGGUACUUGUACUCCCAAAUUCUUGAAGCAGGAAAUUUGGUCUUACUUAAUUUUUGUUGAGAGUGUGUCUGAGUGCCUGUGUAGAGACAUGGGCCUUUGUGCCUUAACUGAACAGAUAAUAAACAUGCAAGAGAAAAUAGUUUCAUUCAUUUAUCAUUUAUGGCAUACACCAGUAAUAUGGGCACCAACUGGGGGCCAAUUAGGCCUGUUUAACUUAUUAUUUCUGAUGACUUGAAUUACACUUUUUUUCUGUCUGCAGCUCCUGCCUGUAUCUGUAACUAGUGAGAAAUGCUCUUUAAUGAACUGCUAUUUAUUUCACGUUUUUGAAGGUUUGCCUCUGUCUUUCUUUGAAUAGGAUUUUUUUUCAGGCAUUUCUUCAACUAGAUGUGGUUGUUACAGCGGUUCAUCUGCCAUUGUAUUGUAAAAUGAAAGCUUAACAGGGCACAGUGACAAAGUUGGAUGUUUGGGGAGUUAGUUUCUAUGCUAGAUGAUGCCACAGAAUUCAGCAUCAAUAGGGCCAAGCUUUUUUUUAAACUUGUUAUUCCUAAAUAUGAAGUAUUUAUUUGAAAGUGAUCUAUUUUUUUCUCUUGCAUAAAUAUGUUUGUGUUCUUAAGUGUAUUUUUGUUUUGACUUCCAUUAAAAAAUUCUUGCAUAGUCUGAGGGCUGCCCGUAUUGAAUGUAAUUAUGUUGAUUCACAAUAUCAGUAUAAAACAAAGACUGUGUCUCUGUCUAAGCAUCAUAUUUGUAUGCAUCUAUCUAUACAUUUCUGUUGUCGUAUUUUUGCAAGUAAUAAAAGAAAGGCAAACAA